CAAACUUGUGCUCAUACUCACCACAUCUUUCCGAACUACACACUCUUGCACAACUUCUUCAAUUAAUAUGCCUUCUCUCAAGACUCUGUUCGCCUCGGCUGCCAUGGCUUACCUGGCCACCGCCAAAACCAUCAAGAUCACGGCCACUAGCGAUGAUAAGUUCGACCCCGAGGAGGUCGAGGCUGAGAAGGGCGAUGUCCUCGAAUUCCACUUUGAGCCCAAGAACCACAGCGUUGUCGCUGGCGACUACCGCUAUCCUUGCUCUCCCCUUGAUCUCGGCAGCGGUUUCUUUUCCGGUUUCCUUCCCACUGACUCUGGAUCCGCCGACAAGGUUUUCCAGGUCACAAUCAAUGACACCGACCCUACUCCUUUCUACUCUUCUCAGGGCAAGGAGUGCCCUUCUGGCAUGGUCGGCAUCAUCAACCCUGACAAGAACAAGACUCUUUCCGACUACAAGAAGCGUGCUUCCGAGCUGAGCUCCGGUGUUAACCCUGGCAAGAAGGUAUUUGGUGGUGAGCUUGUUGACUCGGAUGAUGCCAAAUCGGAUGACAGCAACGACAAGGGCUCUGGCAAGUCCUCUGGCAGCAAGGACGACGACAACGCAGCCGGUAUCAUCGGUGCUCCUUUCGCUGGCCUUGUUGCCGCCAUUGGCCUGGCUUAUAUUAUGACUUAAUUUGGGUGGUUUAAUAACGUCAAAAUGCGACAUGAAUUUCACGAUAUUGUUUGGAGCUGGACUUAUGACAGCUGGAGUAAUUAGAGGGAUCAAUAAUCACAAACUUGGGAUCUUAUAUAUAGAUUCUUUAUACAAAUAUAG